UAAAGAACCGAGCUUCCCUAUAGAUAGCUUCGCGCCUCCCUCUAUGUACUCCUUGUCACUCUCCUUCACUUUCCCCUUUUUCUCUCUCUUAAAACCCAUUCUCUCCCUUAACACUUUCUCUUGAACGCACAAAUCUUUUCCUCCUCCUCCUCCUCUUCUUCUUCUUCUUGGCUUGUACUAUAGUUUAGUAAUGGCAGCACAAGACGUACCAGAAGAUCCCCCAGAGCAGCUCGUGAACUACAAGACUUGGGUCUUAAAAGUUUCCAUUCACUGCGAAGGCUGCAAAAGGAAAGUCAAGAAAAUUCUCCAACAAGUCCCUGGAGUAUAUGCCAUAGAUAUUGAUCUCAAGCAACAAAGAGCAACAGUCACUGGUAACGUAGAAGCCGAAUCUUUACUCAGGAGGCUUCAGAAGUCCGGUAAACACGCCGAAUUAUUGCCACAACAGUCUGAUCACAAGGAGAAAAAGCCUGCUAAAAACAAGAAUAAAGAGAAACAAAUUGACCAACAAAGCAAAGAAGCUACAACAUCUAGUCAACCGGAUACUAGUAUCAACAAAGAGGUGAAACCAAAAGCUAAAGUAGUAGUACCAAAAGAACCUUCAGGAAAAAUUCAAGAUGCUAGCGGUGAAGCACCCAGAAAAAGUGAGAAACGCAGUUCCGGUUCAGCUAAACCGGAAGAGGAAACCGGCACCGGCUCUGGUGACGGACCGGCGGUGGCUCAGGGUAGUGAAGCUGGCGAUGAGAAAGGGAACAGCGAUGAAGCAGUAAAGGAGUCUAAAUCUGAGGGGAAGAAACCAGAAACCGCCUCCGCCGGUAAAGAACAAAUUCCAGUGGCGGCGGAGGAAAAAGGUGCUGAUAGUGAUAAUGCUUCUGUUAGUGGCGAAAAAAGCGGUGGUGGCCCAGGUGUUGAAGCAAGUGGUAGUACUGGUAAAAAGAAGAAAAAGAAAGGGCAAAAUGGUAACAACACGGAGGGGACACAAUCAAGUGUUUCUCCGGCAGGUGCAGAAUUCGAACAUCAUGAUAUGGGCCCACAAGCUUUUGUUCCGACUAAUGGUAGCCCUCCACGUCAUCCAGGUUAUCAUUAUUACCCGCAGCAGGUCCCACAGUACUACGCCCCACCACCAGCAUACGUCGUUAGCUACAAUACCGCGCAACCUACGAGUACCUAUACGGCAUCGUAUUAUGCUCCGACACCUCCAACUUCGUAUGCGUAUACGUAUUCUGGUCCUGUCACGGAACCUCCACCGUCGGAUCUGGACUCGUAUCCACGCCAGCCGUUGGAUUCAUUUGAAAUGUUUAGUGAUGAAAAUCCAAAUGGGUGCUCUGUUAUGUGAUGAAAUAACAAAAUCCGGGCAUUAAUUAUACGUAGGAUUUUGGACUAUAUACGGCUUAUACUGCUUGUAUAAGUAUAAGAGGGUUUAAUUUUGUGGUUUUAUGUAGAUAAGUAUAAAAACGGAGAGAAUUAGGGUGAGAUUUAGAAAAUGCCAGGUGUUAGGCGUUGGGGGCUUUAAUCUUUAAGUGGGUUGUUGCUUCUUGUUCAAUGUUUUAGCUUUAUUUAGUACAUUUUCGUUUUUUAGUCUAAAUAGUAGCUUAGCCUUGUAAUGCUUUGUUGUACUUUGGCCCUUUUGCCUCAUUCAUCUCUUUUUCUCUAAUUCUGUGUAAAAUACAUUUGCAAAUU